AUGGCUCCACUGAACCGCCCAGCUCCUGUGGAAGUCACAUACAGGAACAUGAGAUUUCUUAUUACACACAAUCCAACCAGUGCAACCUUAAGCAAAUUCAUAGAGGACCUUAAGAAGUACGGAGUUACGACAAUAGUAAGAGUGUGUGAAGCAACUUAUGACACUGCUCUGGUGGAGAAAGAAGGCAUCCAGGUUUUGGAUUGGCCCUUUGAUGAUGGUUCAUCACCCUCUAACCAGAUCGUGGAUGACUGGUUAAGUCUUUUAAACAUUAAAUUUCGGGAAGAACCUGGUUGUUGCAUUGCUGUUCACUGUGUUGCAGGUCUUGGGAGAACUCCAGUGCUUGUCGCCCUGGCGUUAAUGGAAGGUGGAAUGAAAAAUGAAGAGGCAGUCCAGUUUAUAAGACAAAAGCGGCGUGGAGCUUUUAACAGCAAGCAACUUUUAUAUUUGGAGAAAUAUCAUUCUAAAAUGCGGCUGUGCUUCAAAGACUCCAGUGGCCAUAGAAACAACUGUUGCAUUCAGUAA